AUUUCCGCAGCCCGAGCUCAAGCGGAAUGAAGACGACGAUGCUCCUCGGCGUGGCGCUGGCUGCGUGCGUGGCGCUAGCAGGCGCCGACAUUGCGGCCGGCUCCACCUCGUUCGACGCCAAGAUGGCCGAGCAGGCCAAGAACCUCCACAAGUUCAUGCCGGGCCCGACGGGCCCUGGCUUCAAGGACAAGGGCAUGACAAACGAGGCCGAGUUCGCUCAAAUGGGCCGAUUCGGCAUCCCCGACUUGAACAACCCGACGGCCGAAGACCUCACGGACCUCAACUUUGACACGGCGAUUGCCGGCGACGCGUACGUGGCCGUCCUUUUUUACGCCCCGAGCAUGGACGACUUUGAGUUCGUCGCGCUGCAUUGGGAGAAGGCGAGCAUGGAGCUGCACGAAAGCAGUCGGUUGUAUACGUCGGCUUCGAUCCGCAUGGCGCGCUUGGACAUCUCCGAGCCCGAGCACGGCGAGAUUGCCGAGCUCUAUCGCGUCGACGGCGACAAGCCGACGAUGCUGCUCUUCCACAACGGGUCGGUCGUGCAGUCGAUGGACGCGCGCGGCGGCCACACGGAGAUCCAAGCGCGCAUUCUCUCGACGACGCUGCCGGCCGUGACGCACAUCACAUCGGACGCGGAGCUCAAGAAGUGGAAGCGCCGCAAGGUCUAUCAGCACGCCAACAUCAAAUUCCUCGCAGUCCUGGACGAUGCGCCGUCGUCAUUGGCGUCCUACGAAGCCGUGUGCAGCGAAAUCAAACGCCGGGCGCCGUGCGGCUACGUCUCGGACCGCGCCCUGCUUGGCGCCAUCGACGUCGAUCCAAGCGCCCGGCAUUUCCUGCUCCGCGACUUUGAUGCGCCCCGCGUUGUGCCGUACCUCACCGAUGCGUUCACCGCCAAGGGCGCGCUCGAGCUGGUCGCGGACUACGACAUGCCCCUGCUCACCGACCUCGGCGACAAGGACGAAUCCCGCGUCCGCAACUUUCUAUCGCACCCCAAGACGUUCCGGCUCCUCGCGUUCUUCAAGACCGAGGCCGCGAAAGCAGCCGCGACGCCGCACCUCGAAGCGGUCGGGAAAGCCUUUGGCCGCGACCUCCUCGUCGCGUACACGGUCGAGGACCCCGAAGAUGCGAUGAACUUUGACUAUCAGUUCUGGGACGUGCCGAGCGACGUGCCGGCGAUCCUCGUCGUCCACAUGCGACGCGACCGCAAGUACCUUUACGCUGGGCCCGACGCGCACAGCGCCGACCAGAUCCUGUCGUUUGUUGAAAACGUUUUGCGGGGCGACGUGCAGCCCAAGCUCAAGUCGCAAGCGAGCCCGACGCCCAACAAUGGCGCGGUCCGCGUCCUCGUCACCAACUCGUUUGCCAAGGAGGUGUGGCAAGCGCCGCAAGCGGACACGCUGCUGCUGCUGACGCGCAGCGAGCGCCACGGCCCGUCGCAGUGGUUCACGCAGCAGCUCGACGUCUUUGCCAAGGUCUGGCGCCGCGAGAAGCGCCUGCUCGUGGCCCGCAUGGACAUGCAGCACAACGAUCUGCUCGAGCUCAGCGACGACGAGCUCGCGACGCUGCCGAAACUCGUGUACAUUUCGCGCGACGCGAAAACGACCAAGUCCCUCGGGCCCGCGAUGUCGCAACUGUACCCGACGAUGGACGAGCUGCGCCAGUUUGUCCAAAUGCACCAGAGCAUGGACUUGGUUGUCGAUGAAAAGGUCUGGGCGCGGGUGUACGCAGAUGAUUUGGAGCUGCUGCGCCAGCACCGCGAAGCCCAGGCCGCGAACGCGGACAUUGAGCACCCAGGCGACAUUUUGAAGGAGAUCGAAGCCGAGAUCGAAGCCAUGCAACAUGCGCCCAAGGACGAGUUGUAAGACCAUGGCUGUACUUUUCGCGAAUAUAUACGAAGCUACAUUUUGCGCUCAAAAGAAGCUUGUCCGAUGGAGUCCAACGUUGUUGUGGCG